CUAUCCUCCAUCUUUGUCAAAAAGCAAUUGCCAAGAAAAUUCAUCUUCCUUGCACAGCAGAGAAAAAAAACCAAUGAGUUUGGUAAUCUCUAUAUAAAUAUUUAAUUGUGUCUACAUAUAAUCAGACUCAAACCUUUUUCUGUUUCUUUCCCUUAUAUACACACACUCUGUUAAUUAAUUAAUGGCGGACGCUGCUGCAUAUAAUCACCCUUUGUUUAGCUGCAGGAUUUGCCAGAAUCCAAUCGCUCUUCGAGAUGAUCUUCUCUCUAAACGCUUUGUGGCAAAAUCAGGAGGAGCGUAUCUUUUUCGUCAUGCUAUGAAUGUAGUUGUGGGGAAAAAGGAAGAUAGAAAACUGAUGACGGGUACCUUCAGCGUUGCUGAUAUAUUCUGCAGCAAGUGUGGGCAGGAAUUGGGUUGGAAGUAUGUUAAAGCUUAUGAUCCUGCACAGAAAUACAAAGAAGGCGGUUUCAUUAUCGAGAUUGCCAAAAUUCUCAAAGAAUAUUAAUUAAUCACUCAUUUUAUCUACAACUAGUUCUCCAUCGUGAAUAACAGUGUAAAUUAAUAAGAUUUCUGGUCAUGAAAAUGAGGUUAAAAACCACUACUUUUAGCUCUUGUGUAUUACUCAAGUUGUUGAUCUGUAAGAAACAGAGUAAGUUCUUAAGAUGGUUUUCACUUGCUUUAUGUUAGAAAGGGAUCAAAACGUACAAGACAAUUACUCCAAUAAUGAUAAGAUGAUAUAUAAUUUGUGGCCUA